AUGCGGAUCACACCUGACUCCCCCAACAUACCUGUAGCUAUGAGUUUCCGAGAGUUCCCCACCCAACUACAUGACGAGACAGGAACUACCUACCAUGGUGAUGUCACCGACAUCAAUUUGCAACAUCGAGAGUAUCUCUGCACCACUGUAACAAACCUUAGGCUAGAUAGUGGGCCCACUACAUGGCUGUUAAUUAUAAACAUGUUACCGUUGAAAUACUGUUGCGAACUUGCAAAUCUACUUAUUGUGAGCUUUUUUUUCAUACUCAACUGUUAAAAACAAAAAUAAAGAUUGUAAAAAAACCAAACAAAAACAAAAGUAUAGAAAAGCAACAAUGCUUAAAAGUACCCCAACUACUAGCACACCAACACCAUCUGUCACCACAGUCUUUGAAAAGACUAAGAAAUUUGCAAACUAUAGUGCCAAAGCACAAGGUAUUACAGAGGAAAUAAUGGAAUUUCUUGCCUUCGAUGAACAGCCAUUCUCUGUCGUAGAAGACAUAGGAUUUCGUAAGCUUAUACAACACAUUGAGCCUCAUUACACACUGCCAAGCAGAUGUUAUUUUGCAGAAACCGGUCUACCUGAAAAGUUUGACCGGGUUUCAAAAUGAGCUCAUGACCACAGACAUCCCAGCUCUAAGUUUUACCACUGACAUUUGGAGCUCAGACGUAAGUCCUACUAGAAUGCUCAGCUUAACAGACGCGGAUUUUAAAUUGCAAACAAUUUUGCUUCAGGCACAAGAGUUUGUUUGGGUCACAUACUGCAGCAGCGAUAUCUGAGGCUUUAGUUACCAUGCUUGAAACUUGGCACAUUGACAAGUCUAAAGUACAUCCGAUUGUCUGAGAUAAUGCAUGGAACAUGGUAAAGGCUAUGGAGGACAGUGACCUUAAUAGCAUACUGUGCAUGGCACACACUCUGCAGUUGGCUGUGAAUGAAGGAGUGCUGAGUCAGCAUACCGUAUAUAACCGCAUCAGGGAGAAAAAUUGUGGGUCACUUUAAGCAUUCUCCGCUUGCUUAUUUCCGAUUACAAGCUUUGCAAGUACAGUCUGGCCACCCAAACGAAUGCAGUAAGAUAUAGCCACUCGCUGGAACAGCACGUACUAUAUGUUAGAAAGACUUGAACAAAAGCGAGUCUUAGCUGCGUACAUGGCAGAUUACGAACUGACAGCAACGUUCAGUGCACAUCAGUGUAUGCUAAUUGAAAAUAUUGUCUCUUCUUGCUCCAUUUGAACAGUUAACCAAGGAAAUAAACUCAACUAAUGCAUCUGUUGCUGAAGUUAUUCCCUUGAUUGCAGCACUGAAGCGUCUGCUAGGAAAAGAGGUGCAAACAGACCAUGGCGUCAAAAUAGCUAAAAGCACUCUAUUGGAGGCUGUUAAACGCUUUCAAGACACGGAGUCCAACCCCCUGUACAGCAAUGCAACAGUACGAGAUCCUCAAUUUAAAGAACAUUACUUUGACGUGGAGAAAAAGCAUUGUGCAUGGGAAAUUAUACAGGCACAGUUGAAAGUGAUGGAAGCAUCUGGUGAAAGAGACUUGAUGCACAGCACAGAACAAAGUGUGCCAGAGAAACGGUCACGACGUACAAGUGAUAAGGAGCACAUUCCCUUGCUUUCUGACAUGUUUGACGAGAUUCUACAGGAAAGCAGCACCCCAAUCCACAACAAGUGCAGCUACAAAACAGAUUUCUCGCUGAACUACCCAUCGCCAGAAGUGACAAUCCCCUUGACUACUGGCGCAUGA